AUCCAAAUACAAAUGAUUAUCUUUUAAUAAUGAAAUAUGCUAAUAAUGGCAAUCUUCAUAAUUAUCUUAAAAAUAAUUUUAAUAACUUAAAUUGGGAUGAUAAACAAAAAUUAGGAUUUCAAAUUGCUAAAGGAUUAAAUUAUUUAUACAAUGAAAAUGUUUUACAUAGAGAUCUUGUAAAUUUUGGUAUUUCAAAAAUUGGAAAUAAUUCUACUAUACAUAUUGGACUUUGUGGUAAAACUGCUUAUAUAGAGCCACAAAUACUUAUAAAUCACAAUUUUCAAUAUAUCAAACCUUCAGAUAUUUAUAGCUAUGGUGUUUUAAUGUGGGAAAUUUCUAGUGGAUAUCCUCCAUUUAAAGAUUUAAAUGAUGCAACAAUUUGUGCUCUUAUUAAUAAUAAAGCUCAACCUAUACGAAGACCAACAAUUACAGAAAUUUUGGAAGAAUAUUCACAAAUGAGUUAUACAAAUGAAUCAAUUAAAGAAAAUAAUGCUAAAAUUACAGACUUUGGUAUUUCAAAAAUUGAAAAUAAUUCCACUUUGCAUAUUGUGCGUUUUGGUAAAACUGCAUAUAUGGAACCACAAAUACUUGCUGAUCAAAAUUUUCAAUAUAUUAAGGCUUCAGAUAUUUAUAGUUUUGGUGUAUUAAUGUGGGAAAUUUCUAGCGGACAUCCACCAUUUGAAGAUAAGUUUAAUAAUAAUCAGGAUCUUAUUGUUGCUAUUACAUGUUAUAAAGCACGUGAAACUACUAUACCAGAUACACCUGAAGAUUACGAAACACUUUAUAAAAUAUACAUAAUUACAAAAAAUAUGACAGAAAAUAUAGUUGAUAUUAAUAGUACUUCUGAUACACAAAUUAGCGAUUCUGUUCCAACUGAUAUAUGUGCGGAUUUAUCUG